AUGGCCAAGACCAAAGACCUGUUGAAGGACACAAGGAACACAAUUGUAGACCUGCACAAGGCUGGAAAGAGUGAAUCUACAACAAGCAGCUUGGAUGAUGAAGACUCUAAAGCUGAUAAGACAUGUCACACUGACAACACACGAUUUAAAUGUUCUCUCUGUGACAAAACUUUUAAACGCCCUAGUUGUCUUAAAAGACACAUGAGAUUACACACCGGAGAAAAACCUUUUCCUUGCUCAAUUUGUAGUAAAAGAUUCUCUCGGAAGGAACAUUUGAAAAUACACAUGAGAAUACACACUGGAGAAAAACCUUUUACAUGUUCAAUCUGUGGGAAAGGGUUUGUACAAAAUGCUGAUUUGAAAGUACACAUGAGAAUACACACUGUAGACAAACCAUUCAUGUGUUCGGUUUGUAGUCAAAGAUUCUCUAAAAAGCAACAUUUGAAAGUGCACUCAAGAAUCCACACUGGAGAAAAACCUUUCAUAUGUUCAUUCUGCGGUAAGGGUUAUGUACAAAGUCAACAUUUGAAAGUACACAUGAGAACACACACAGGUGAAAAAACAUAUUCCUGUUCAAACUGCUUCAGAAGCUUUUGUGACCGAACAAAACUUGCAGUACACCUGAGAACACACACUUGUGAGAAAGUCUUGAGUUGCAGCGUGUGUGAUGAAAGAUUGUCUUACAAGUACCAGUGUAAGAAACACAAGUGUGCUCGUAAGAACAGCAGCAGCAAAUAA